UCAAUAUAAAAUAGACCGCAGAGAAUCCAUAUUGUAUUAGACAUCAUUUAAUUACUUUUGCGAAUAAAUCAAUCAAUUAUCAAUUAAUAAUCAUCAUUAUGGAUGCUGAAAAAUAUUAUGAAGAAAGUUUCGAAACUCGAGCUGUACAUGCCGGCCAAGAAGCAAGUCAAUGGAAUUGUCGAGCCGUUGUACCGCCGAUUGUAUUAGCUACUACAUAUCAACAGACUGGUCCCGAUGUUGAUUCGGCCUAUGUUUACAGCCGAAGCGGAAAUCCAACUCGUCAUGCAUUAGAAAAAUGUAUCGCUUCAUUGGAAGAUGCCAAAUAUGCUCUAACCUAUGCAUCCGGAUUAGCCACACAGAUGAGCAUUACUUAUUUGCUUAGUGCUGGUGAUCAUAUUGUUGCUGGUGAUGAACUUUAUGGUGGCACUAAUCGAUUUUUUAGAACGUGUGCAUCAAAAUUCGGAUUGGACAUUGAUUAUGCGAAUUUUCAAAAUGUGGAUGAAGUUACCAAUUCAAUUAAAAACAAUACGAAACUGAUCUGGUUCGAAACACCUACAAAUCCACUAUUGAAAGUUAGCGAUAUCAGAGCUGUUUGUGAUGCUGUAAAACAGAAAAAUCCCAAUAUAAUUAUUGUUGUGGAUAAUACAUUCAUGAGUCCAUAUUUUCAAAAACCAUUGAAUCUUGGUGCAGAUAUAUCAAUGAAUUCUAUUACCAAAUACAUGAAUGGCCAUUCGGAUGUCAUUAUGGGUUGUAUAUCGACAAAUGAUGAAGAAUUAUUCAAAAAAUUGCAGUAUUAUCAAAAUGCUGUUGGAGCUGUACCAUCACCAUUUGAUUGUUUUCUGGUAAAUCGAGGAUUAAAAACUUUGGCUGUUCGUAUGGAACAACAUUACAAAAACGCUUUGGCUAUUGCAAAAUUUCUUGAAACACAUGAAAAAGUUAGCAAAGUUGUCUAUCCAGGAUUAGAAUCUCAUCCUGAUCAUGAAAUAGCCAUCAAACAGAGUAAUGGUUUUAGCGGUAUGAUUGGUAUGCACAUUCAAGGUGACAUUGAAAAUGCCAAAGAAUUUUUAUCACAUUUAAAAGUAUUUACAUUGGCCGAAAGUUUGGGCGCUGUAGAAAGUUUAAUCGAAAUUCCCAGUUUAAUGACACAUGCAUCAAUACCAAAAGAAACUCGAGAAGCCUUGGGUAUAUUUGAUACAUUCAUUCGAAUUUCGGUAGGAAUCGAAAAUGUUGAUGAUCUCAUUCAUGAUUUAGAUCAUGCAUUGAACAAAUCCGAAAUUGUUAUUCCAGAAGGGGCUUAAUCCAUAAUCAAAACUACACACUAUAUAUAAAUUCACUGUAAAUUACUAAAGUUUAUGAUAAUUAAUUGAUAAUGAAAAUUUUA